ACGCUCCGCGCUGAGACCGAGACAAAAUCCGUGCUCGCGCACGAAAUCCAUUUACACUCCAGUAGUAGAGAGGGCCCUGAUCCAGUCGCUUUGCUCCGUAAAUCAAACAAUCCGUUCGGUUAAAGCCCCGCACAAACGGUAAAAACGUACUGAAAGCGGCGGCGGUCCUUCUGCGUAUCACACUGACAGAGCAGGAGCGGUUUGGAGAGGAAGAAUGGCGGAUUCGAGCAGCACCGCAGCGGUCGGGGCCGCAGGCUCCAACAGCGCUGCUGCUGCCGGGGCGGCUGGCACGGUGGCGCAGGAUGGAGCGCCCGCAGCUGCGGGACCCAAGGCCGAGUCUGUUAAGGGCCAGAUUUUUGAUGUGGGCCCCCGCUACACGAACCUGUCCUACAUCGGGGAGGGGGCGUACGGAAUGGUUUGCUCUGCUAUGGACAACGUGACCAGCCAGCGUGUAGCCAUCAAGAAAAUCAGCCCAUUUGAGCACCAGACGUACUGCCAGCGCACACUGAGGGAAAUCAAGAUCCUGCUGCGUUUCCACCAUGAGAAUAUCAUCGGCAUCAACGACAUUCUCAGGGCACGACACCUUGACAACAUGAGGGAUGUCUACAUCGUGCAGACUCUGAUGGAGACGGACCUGUACAAGCUGCUGAAGACCCAGAGGCUGAGCAACGACCACGUCUGCUAUUUCCUCUACCAGAUCCUGCGAGGCCUCAAGUACAUUCACUCAGCCAACGUGUUGCACCGUGACCUCAAGCCCUCCAACCUGCUCAUCAACACCACCUGUGACCUCAAGAUCUGUGACUUUGGCCUGGCACGGAUAGCCGACCCCGAGCACGACCACACAGGUUUCUUGACCGAGUACGUCGCCACGCGUUGGUACAGGGCUCCAGAAAUCAUGCUCAACUCAAAGGGCUACUCCAAGUCCAUUGACAUCUGGUCAGUGGGCUGCAUCCUGGCUGAGAUGUUGUCCAACAGGCCUAUCUUCCCCGGGAAACACUACUUGGACCAGCUCAACCACAUACUGGGCGUCCUUGGCUCUCCUUCUCAAGAUGAUCUGAACUGUAUUAUCAACAUGAAGGCGAGGAACUACCUGCAGUCCCUGCCUCAUAAACCCAGGAUCCCCUGGGAGAGUCUCUACAAGGCGGACUCAAAAGCUCUGGACCUGCUGGGACGCAUGUUGACCUUUAACCCCGUGAAGCGCAUCAGCGUUGAGGAGGCCCUGGCUCAUCCUUACCUGGAGCAGUACUACGAUCCCACAGAUGAGCCGGUAGCAGAGGAGCCCUUCACUUUCUCCAUGGAACUGGAUGACCUUCCUAAGGAAAAGCUGAAGGAACUGAUCUACGAGGAAACUGCUCGUUUCCAGGAAACCUACCAGGGCUCCUGAGACGCACAGCCCUAAAGAGUGACAAAGCCACACCGAGGCUUGGAACAAGAAGACCCCAACGACAUGCUAAAACAAAAAGAAAAAUGCAUCUUCAAGAAACCGACAAAAAGAGAAAACAAGAAAUGAACAUUUAACUGCUUAUCUUUCUAUUUCUACUGCAGGAGAGCUAAGUUUUACUUUUUUUUCUGUGGUUGGGUGGGGUGGUAGGGUCUGUCGUACUCAUGCUGUUUCAGUUUUAACAAUGUUGGACUCUCCAUCCUCUCGCCUCACAUUUGUUUUCCCGUUAAAGGUCCUGCCUCAUCCUGUCCCAUUUACAGUAACUCACUGUGUCUCGCCUGUCCUGAUCAAAGCCCUUUUUCUGCCUCUCCUGCAGCUGUUGCUGGAGCUCUCUCUGUUGCUCCCUCACAUAUAAACUACUGUAUUAACCAACACCAUAACUCUCUUGUCUUGCGCCAUGUAAAUUACAACCUGGAAAAAAUUGAGGGCUAAAAGAACGGGGAUGCUAAUCGGGUGUAUGUAUAUACAAAAAUAUAAAAGCUUGUGCUCGUCUCAGUUUUUUGUUUGUACACCGUUGUUCGAGUGUUUUCGGAUCAGUCGUAUCUGUAUGUUUUGGGGUUUGUAUUUGCUAGUCAUUUUUUUUUUGAACACUUGAUUUUGAGACAAACAUUCAAUGUUUUUACUGGCAUGUUGGCAGGUUUAUAGAUCACUCUUUUUUUGUCGUCGUACUUUUUCUUAUUUUCAAAAAAAAAAAAAAAAAAACUGUAUGAUGUUCAUAUGAAUGCAUGCAUUCCUGAAAUUAACCAAAGUGUCAGAGAGAUGCAGGAAACUUGGCGGAGGAGCAACUAAGUAAUAUCUAUAAUCGUUUUGAAUCGUACCUUAAACAUAUUUCUUGACCUGUAACUUGUACCAAGGACAGACAAACUCCCCCUUCGUUUGUGGAAAGUUGGUUAUAUUCAGGAGGCGCUACAUGAUUGGAACAAAUGGAAAUCAAACAGCAAAAAAAUAUAGUUUCUGUAAUUGUGUAUUCAUUCAAAUAACUGUGAUACCUAGCCCCAUUUUCCAGAACAUUCACAGUACUCUGUGCCAUGUCAAAACGUUUUUAGUUUUUCUGAUGAUCAGGAACUACCUGCCUUAAUGUAAGUUUUACGGUGGAAGGAUAUUGGUAUAACAUUACUGUAUCGUCCACAUUUGGCCCCACAGCGUCCCUUUACCAUGUAAUACUGCCAAAAAUCAAAAUAGCUGAUCCAGUAUCAGUAUUACAUUCCUAUAUUAAAUUACAUUUCUGCUACAAAUGCAUAGCAGUUGAAUGGUGAACUACUUGUCUCAUAACAUCACUGAAACCCCUUGUUGUUCCUCAGCUCCUCUUGAUUCUACAUUUCAGUGAAUCCUCUGUUUCCAGAGCCCUGUCUGGGAACACAUAUGGCAUUCUGGAAAAUGGGGCCUGGUUGACAGCCUUUCCAUCCCACCAUGCUGUUUUUGUACUGCGUUCCUAUUUGCUACCGUUUGUCCCAGGGCGACUGUACGGAGUCAAGCGUGCAUGCAGGCUUGGGCCUAACUACCGAAGUAUUCAAAGUGGCCAUACUUGAACGCGGUCUAGAGAAGAGCACUUUCCAACGAGCAUUUUCAGAUUAUGAUCUUACUGGCUCAUUGAUGUGAGUGUUGAAUGUAAAUGGCCUGAAUUUCCGGAGUCUGUUGCUGCAGCUUAGUGUUCGCCAGUUGUGAUCUUUUACAUGAAUCUCUUUUACGACUACUGAGAAAACUGUACAUGUCGCUGAUAAAUGCUAUGUUCACACAUAUGGUAGAGAUGG